ACAGAUCAAGUAUUGCACUCUCAUAUUUCCACCAACUGGCGAGAGUAUCAACACUCGCGAUCGGCAGCUCCGCGUAGAUUACGUGUGCUAGGCAUCUACCGAUAACCACAGUCUUCUGCAAACAUCCUUCAUUACUGGUCAGUUGCGCUUUGCGACCAGACAAGUGCUAAGCAAUAUGUGGGACGACGAGGACAACAACCCCUACGGUUCUUUCCACCGCCGCGGCUCUGAGACAUCAGACCCUCAAUCGCCGAUAGAGCGCACCAACCAGAUCUCCACCCCAACUUCCGGGCAGUCAUCACCUGAACAGCCACCGCAAUACCUAUCAAAGUCCUCAGAUCUUAGCGAUGAGGACCUCGACGACUCGCGUCAACGCCAAGUCAAGGUUCAGCCGAAGGAGGGGGGCUACGACAGCAGGAUAGAGCAGAUCCUUUACGAGCAGCCCAACAUCGAGAUACAAAUCGUCCAUGCUGGCAAAAAUACCGAAGGUGGUGGGGCAUAUAUCACCUACACCAUUCGGAUAGGUGAUAUUGAAGUUCGGCGACGAUACUCUGAGUUCGCAUCGUUGCGUGCAACACUGGUCAAUCUGCAUCCUACGUUGAUCAUUCCACCAAUCCCCGAGAAACACAGCAUUGCAGAUUACGCUGCCAAGCCGACCAAAGCAAAGGAAGAUCUGGGCAUAAUUGAGCUCCGACAACGGAUGUUGGCGACGUUCCUGAACCGAUGUAGACGCAUGAAAGAGGUGCGGGACGAUGGAGUUUGGUGGCGCUUCCUCGACCCUCAUGUCAGCUGGAACGAAGUCCUACAUUCACACCCAGCUGCAAGCGUUCCCAAGAACAAUCUUAAAGCGCCGCCUCUCGACCCAGCAAAUCCGACCCAAGCACAUUUUUAUCUUCCAAUACCUUCCCAAAAUGCCAAAUUAAGAUCGGCCUCAACUUCGUCCGCCAGUGGCACACCCACAUCGCCUCCAUCCGCUACAGCACCUGCGUCUGCGAUUCCACAAAAUUCCCCUCAAAACCAAACUGCACGCUUUCCGCCGUCCUCACAACAACUUAGUGAGGCCGAUCUCGACCCGUAUUUCUCAUCUUUCGAACAGAGCUCCAAAGAACUGGAAACAUUGCUCACGGGAUCGAUGGAGAAGGUCAAUGCACGUCUUUUGCGGCAUUUAUACAGCUUGGGGGACGACUUGAUGGACCUCGGCGCGAAGUACAACGGUUUUGCGCUGUCAGAGCAAUCGAUGAGCGUUGCACAUGCAAUUGAGAAGACGGGCCAGGCGUGCGAUUUCACGUAUUUGCAGUCGAGAGAUUUGGCUUCAGCCCUCAGUGCUGGAUUCGCAGAGCCGAUGCGCGAAAGUGCUCAAUUCGCCAGUGUCGUACGAGGUGUGCUGAAGUAUCGUGUGUUGAAACGCAUUCAGGAGGAAAUGACCCGCGACGAGCUGGAAAAGAAGAAAGUCUCGCUCGAUCAGCUGGAGCGUAGUGAACUCGAAGCGAAGCGAAUCGAGCAGUACAUGACAUCGUCCGGCAUCAGUAGCUCGCAAUAUGCACCACCACGACGUAGCACCAGCAGUGGUAGUAGGCGUGGUCGUCCUGGCUCGCGCGAUGAUGAUCACGAUGGCUCCGUGGACAGCGAUUUUCCUGCCUACGCAGAUCAGGCGCAAGGCAAUCACCAGGAUGGACCACAAGAACCAUUCACAAGUCCACCAAGCUCUCCACCGAGCGGAGGCCACAAACGAGCAACGAGCGGACUCGGGAACAAAAUCUUCGGUCGUCUUACCCAUGCCAUCCAGGGCGUCACGGAUCAGGAUCCUGAGCGAGCACGAAGAGAUGCUUUGGGCAAGACAAAAGAAAGCCUAGUCCAAUUGGAACAGGCUCUCGAGGUGUCGCAGAAAGAUGUCAGAGACGCCAGCCAAGGUGUGAUGCAGGACCUGCGGCGAUUUCAAGGGCAAAAGGAGGACGAUCUGCGCAUGUACAUGCUGAGUUUCGCCAAGGCUCACAUUGAAUGGUCCAAACGCAGUCUAGAGGAAUGGGAAAAGGCCAAGGGCGAGAUUCAAAAGAUUGAUUUACGGUGAAAAGAUUCGCCAGUCGCGACGAGCGAGGUCGAUAUUAAUUUCAAGGUAGAUAAUACAGACAACUCGAACCAUUCGUUAGUUGCUGGCGUAUUAUGACAGCCGUACAACAUCAC